AGAACUAUCACCUUCCGUUAGUGAAAUUCCCUCUUCUUGGUGAAACGUUUGCCAUCAUUUAACAGAUGGAAACAAAUAAUUAAAACAUUGAAUUCCAACCAGUUUUUAAAAAACAUUUUGAAACCUUUUCUUGAGCUAAAAAGAAUAAAGUGCCCUGACUUGGUGAAACUUUUUAACAGAGAAGAAAUUAAGCUUGCUACGGUUGGUACUGCCAGUCUUCAAUUGUUUUCUGCCGGUAAACAUUAAGUGGUUCACUUAAAUGCUUUCGGGACUUGAAUGUCAAAAUCUGAGCUGAAAGUAAUGUUUUCAUUCGUUUUGGAUGAAAGUUGGUUUCAGCAGUUGAUAUGGCAUUUUCAGGAAAUCAGCUAGAUGCUUUCAAACAAGAUGUAUAUCGGCGCAUCCAGAUCGCGGCAGCAGUCCACCUGAUUAAAACUACCCCAAAAGGAAAAACUCACGAAGCUCAUGCGCUAGAUAUCCAGCAGAAACUCAAGCUUCGGUGGUUAAAUUCCACAUUAUUUCAAAGCGAUCAUAGCUCAAAUAUUUGCAUUAAUCAGCAUAUUCUUAGGCAGCAGCAAGAAGCUCUGAAGUUGAGAUUGACUGCCGUUGAGCCUCAGAGUAAUCAGCAUAUUUUUGAAGAUAACUCUUCACACUUACAAAAAGACGCUCUGACCCAGAUAAAGCAUGUCUCAAAUGAAGCACUUUUGUAUUGGUCAGACUUGAACACACACAGAUAUGAAAUUCAGGCCAAUGCAAAUUUUAUUCAGGGUGUUGUACAUUUAAAAGCUUUGGCUGAAACUCAAUCUACGGUCCCUAUUCAACAGUAUAUUAGUUCUGUUUCCAAAAUGGUUACCAAUAACAGGAAUAAAGUCAUCCCUUCAGGCUCUGUUGAAUGCAAUACGGCCACAGAGCUGCCCUCCUCUGAUGACAGUGGUUUCUACAAUGUCAAGGAAUAUCAAUCCAGUUCUGUCACUCCUCAAGGAGAAAACUCCUCCAGUGUGGCAAGCAGUAUGUUGUUGUACAUCAUAAGCUCCUGCAAUGCUGAUCAGCUGCUUGAAAAAAGCAUUCAAGCAAUUUUAAAUCAGAUGAGAAAUCUUGCAAGUGGAAAUGAAAUUGAGUGGCCAGCUUCAAAAUUGCAUGAGGUCAUGGACCAGUGGACUGGUUCAAUUCACCAGCAAGCUAUGGAAGUGCUUCAUGCCAUCAUGGGUGAGCAAACUGUGCUCUCAGAUAUUCUUGCAUCUAGCAAAGACGUGUGUUUUACUUCAAUAAGAGAAAUAAUUGAUGAUAUAUUCAAGAACAUCUCACACAAUAUUAGCUUCCAAACAAAAGAGAACCAAAUGAUGAUGAUCCUUCAAUUAUCUGAAGCGGCAAAUCUAUGGUAUCCCACUCUUGAGUUAGUUUUCAGCAAUCUUGCAGGCCUAACUAGCAAAAUUAAAAAGGGCCAAGAGUGUUCUGACGAAACUGUGAUGACCAGCUCCCGCACAAGAAGUUUAGCCCAUCAAAGGCACAAGGACACUCAAUUAAUACAUCAGAGUUUCUCUCUUUUUAGACUUCUAAAAGUGUUAAUUACUAAUCGACACAUAAAACACAAAGAAGAUCAAAGUGCAGCAGUUGAAUCAAAAUCUACAUCAACUCAAGCAGCACAUAAAUCUGUUGCUGGUCUUUGGAGAAAACAUUAUGAAAGUCACAAUGACAGUAAAGUGCCCAUGUCCUCUGCUACUCACAGACUUGGCCCUACAAGGUCUACUUUAAGACAUUGGAGAAACAUUUUAGAAGAUCUGUUUCAAGAGAUUCUCUAUAAACAUCCACUGGUUGCUGUGAUUAUUUAUGAUUGUGUCCAAAUGCUGUACUUAUUGCAGUAGUAAUAUAAUAAUAAUAUAAUUGGAGAUAGAUUAGUGUGUUCAAGGUGUUGAUUGUUAAACAACUUUAUAGAUAGUAAAUUAUUUUUUAAUCUCUAACAAAGUAUAAUAGACUAACAGGAAAUAACAGUGUCUAGCAGCACUAAGAUUUUAGCUCAAACUUUGGAGACAUUCAAAUGCAUCGACAUGAAAUAUGCAGCCAACAUUUAUAAUUAGUGAAAUAUGAAUGACAAACCAUGGUGUACCACAGAGGGUAAAUGUUUCAAUUAUAUCAGAAGUGGAAAUUCAAGUAUGCACACAUUUGCAUACAAAACCUUAAAAGCUAAACAAUCAAAUUGAAAAAAAAAACGAACAGAC